AUGUCCGUACUCUGCCUUAAACGACGUUACGCCAAGGUAGCCCGCCUUGCGAUGCCCAAUGUUAAAAAACGCAUCACAGCCCACGCGCCUGCGCAGUGGCUGAUUUACCUAAGUUAAUGUAAACGUACUUUCGAGUUGAAGCCAGGACGCAAACGUAUUUGCGGCUGGAAAACAAAAAUGUCUCGGCCUCAGAGCUGCCGGCGAUGAAUUUGUGGGAAUUAACUGGCUUAAAGUGGUAGCCAGUUUCCUAAACUUGGCCAUCGCAAACAGAAACACAAGUUACCUCACUAAACCGUGCGAUCGCCUCCUCCAAAUCCCUAAAAGGAGGGAAUUUUUGUCCAUGGAGAAGUUGUAGCAGCUGCUCCAAUCCCCCUUUUCUCCGGCUCCCUUUUGUCGGUCGAUGACCGCGAUAAGCACUGACAGGCCGCUGACGCACGACCACCCCCGCCGGCUAGAACCGGGACACCUCCUGUCCAGCUGCAGUGACUCCCGGCUGCACUCAAAAACUAGUAUCGCCUAACGCGCGUCGAACGCUUUGGCUUGAUUCCCGUGAGGCCUUGUGAGUAUGCGCCCUCCAUUCGUCCCCUAAUUAGUCCAAUCACACGACCACCGCGCAGACAGUCACCCCCUCCUGCUGACUUAGACACUGACACUCGCGUAAACAACACACACCGCGACUGACGCUCUCCGUGAACGGACGCUUUUCUCUGUUGCAAGCAAACCGCCAACUUACGGCAACCUGCCCUGUGUACAGAAUAAACUAGUCCUCACAGCUCCCUGACUUCUGAAAGUAGACGAAACGAACUUAUUGUGUGUGGUUUAAGUCGAUCUCACAUCCAUGACCACCACUAAUUGGUGACCCCGAAUUUCCGAACACUGGAAUUCCGCAAACAUUUCGUCCACAACAACAAUCUUCUGGAGACCUACAGCGCGAUGUCCCAAGACCAGAAGUCACUCAUCAACUCAAAUUCUCAAGGAACUAGCGUACGCUUGGAUCGACUCGAGGAGGUAUUAAUGCGCCUGAAAGCCCAGCUCGCUGCAGUUACCACUAAGGGCCCGCGGCGAACACCAAACCGUCGCCCUACUUCCUCCGUUUCCCACACCCGCCGUCCACAAUCUCCAAGUAGCGUCUGCUGGUAUCACCAACAAUUUGGAGGAGCAGCUCGCCGAUGUCUUCAGCCAUGCUCUUUCAAGGCAUCUCUAACGGCCUCCGGCAGACGAUCCCAUCUGACAGUAUAGUGUACUGCUGCUGGAAGCGUUGCCAAUCUCCACACUCGCCGUUUGUUCCUCUGGGACCGUAUCGCUGGCGCCAAAUUCCUUGUCGACUCUGGUGCCGAGGUUAGCGUGGUUCCACCAACUCCGGCCGAACGUAAAACCCGCAGCUCUUUUUGUCUAACAGCUGCCAACAACUCCAGCAUCUCCACAUUUGGGCAGCGUUCCAUCACACUUGAUUUGGGCCUUCGUCGAAUUUUCCGAUGGGUUUUCAUUAUUGCCGACGUUUCCGUCGCCCUCAUAGGCGCCGAUUUCCUAGCUCACUUCAAUCUUCUAGUUGAUUUGAAGAAUCGCCGACUCGUUGACUGCAUCACCGACCUUCAUGCCCGUUGUCAAUCCGAUGUGAACCCCUGCGUCAACCCUCUCACUGUUAUGCCCAUCUCUGACUGUCCUUUCCACUCACUCCUCAGGCAGUUUCCCCGCCUGACCAACCCGUCAUUUCGUGAAUUGGACAUCAAACACACAGUCACUCACCACAUUUCCACUACCGGACCUCCCAAAUCUUGCCGACCACGUCGCCUUGCUCCGGACCGUUUGAAGAUUGCCAAGGCAGAGUUCGAAUACAUGCUCGAGCUCGGCAUCAUCCGACAGUCCGACAGCUGCUGGGCAUCACCCCUCCACCUUGUCCCCAAGAAGAAUGGCGACUGGCGACCGUGUGGUGACUAUCGGGCGUUGAACUCUGUGACUGUCCCCGAUCAGUAUCCCGUCCAGCACAUCCAAGAUUUCACCCUUUCGCUACAUGGUAAGCGAAUAUUCUCUAAGAUCGACCUUGUGCGUGCCUACCACCAAAUCCCGAUCGAGGCCAGUGAUGUUCCGAAAACUGCAGUGACCACUCCCUUUGGGUUAUUCGAAUUCACUCGUAUGCCCUUUGGUCUGAGGAACGCCACUCAAACCUUUCAGCGAUUCAUUGAUCAGGUUCUGCGAGGUCUCGACUUCGUCUACGCCUACAUUGAUGAUUUGCUAGUGGCUAGUUCUGACGCUGCUGAACACGAGAUUCAUCUUCGACAGCUCUUCGAACGGCUCGACUCCUACGGCGUUAUCAUCAAUGCCGCCAAAUGUGGGUUUGGAGUCCCCAGUCUUAUCUUCCUUGGUCACGAAGUGAACUCAGGUGGGAUAAAGCCCGUCCCGGAAAAAGUUUCGGCCAUAUCAACGUUCCCCGUCCCGACAACCAUCAGCCAACUACGCCGAUUC